AUGCCACGUCUCUCCCCAGCCUUGAUCCGCCAGGCUGCCUGUCAAAAUACUCUCCUCCCUCUCCUUCUGCGAGUAUGUCGGGACCUUCCCUCGGCUCGGAACGAGCUUCGAUGGCUCCGAGAACAUGCCCGCGACAGUGGUACAGUCGCCUCAAUGCGCGACACAAGCCAUGGACCCCGCGUUCAUCGUGUCAAAGCAAAUAUGCUACCUCCGCGACGAGAACAUUCACCUAAGAACCCGCGCAUAGUCAAAUCAAGUUCAACAAAACCCGAGCAGACUGGAGGCAUAGGCGAACGAACGCCAAAAUUUCAUCUAAAGGGUCUCAACACGUGCCACACAUUACAAGUCAAUAAAGCAACGGGCAGAAUAGUGUAUAAGGGAAAUGAUGUCCAAUACCGAAGAGUUCUGGCCGCCAACGUCGACAAGCGAUCUAGAGGAGUGCCACUGCAAUACAUUCUCGGUCAUCAACCUUUUGGAAACCUUGAUAUCCUAUGUCACAAGGGCGUCUUGAUCCCAAGACCCGAGACCGAAACAUACACCGAACUGGUUGCCAAACUACUUAUCUCGGCGUUUUCCCCCCACGACGGUGGGAUUGAGCACAAAUCAAAAGAACGAAAGAAGUUGAAAAUACUGGAUCUUUGUACUGGAUCAGGCUGCAUAGCACUGCUCCUUCAUUCAAUACUCAAACCACCGGAAUCACAAUCAGACCCAUCAUCUCUCUCACUUUCAGAUGUGGACCUCGAGAUUCUCGGUGUCGAUGCCAGUCGAGAUUGCAUCCUCCUGGCUCAAGACAACUUGAAACACAAUAUCUCGAAGCGACUGCUACAUUCGGACGCCGCGCAGGAGAUUUCCUUCCGAUAUGGGGAUGUUCUAGAAUUGGCAAAGACGACAAGUCAAUUUGGUGAAAACUGGGAUAAGAUUCGUGAGACAUUCAAUAGCAGUUUCCCAGGUCGAGCGGAUUUCGACCCAACCAAAUCGUGGGACGUAGUCAUCUCAAACCCUCCAUAUGUUUCUCCCAAAGACUAUGCACCCGGAGGCAAAACGGAGUCGAGUGUUCGAAAAUAUGAGCCAAAAUCAGCCCUCGUACCUCGAAUAUCGAACGUGCCUUCCACUAAAGCAGCUUCUAAUCGUGUAGCGGACCUAUUUUACUGGCCGCUGAUGAAGCUUGCUCAUGGUGUGGGCGCGAAACUUUUGGUCAUGGAAGUUGGGGACUCGGAUCAGGCAAAUCGUGUUCAUAGGCUGGUCUGCAAAAACUUCGGCCCAUCACCCGUUGGUCUCCGGCAUUCGACUACGGUCUUUGAAUGUUGGACCGAUGACGGCUCGGUAAGGAUACUUCCGGAACAGCCAUCUAUAUUUCACCCAAGUACUCAGAGAGACGAGCAAAGCUCCGACCGAGUAGUAGCCGUAUGGAUUGGGACUUUGGCAGAUUGGCGACGAAACCAAUCUGGCUUCACAGAGUCUUCCACCUUCGAAAACCUUCUCACACCCGUAAAUGACGGAAUCUCGUCCAGGAGACACCGAGCACGCCAAAGAACUGACCGAGCAAACUAA